AUGGCAUCCCCAACUAGUAGUGACGGCCAGGAAGCGGUAGUGACUACUUCUACAUCUACAGCCAUCAAAAACAAUACCAAAAGUCUUCGAUUUUAUGUUAUCAUAGUCACCCUCUGUUUUCUCAGUGUCCUCAGCGCUCUAGAGAAUACGGUUGUCACCACAUCCCUGCCGAGCAUUGCUACAGAGCUCGAGCUAGGCAACAGCUAUGUCUGGGUGACAACCGUUGUUUUUUUUAACAGCCUAACUGUCUCAAACAGUGCUGUUGUUCAACCAUUAUUUGGCCAGUUGGCCAAUAUUUUUGGUCGGCGAUGGGUAACUAUGGGGGUGAUUGUUCUCUUUGCGCUAGGGAGCGGCUUGUGCGGUGGUGCAACCAACGCCGCCAUGCUAAUUGCUGGUCGAGCUAUCCAAGGAAUGGGGGGUGGCGGCUUCAACACGCUUCCCAAUAUCAUCGUCUCGGACCUCGUGCCAUUGAGAGAAAGGGGAAAGUAUGUCGCUUGGUUUCUCACAACGUAUUUCGUGGGCAUUGCCAUUGGGCCGUGGGUCGGCGGUGCUAUUGUUGACUCAUCUACUUGGCGAUGGGUCUUUUACAUCAAUCUCCCAAUUGGCGGCGCGUCCAUGAUUAUGGUAUUUAUCUUCCUUCAAGUCCAAUAUGACAAGGGGAUGUCUUUUAUUGAAAAGCUCCGCCGAAUUGACUAUGGAGGAAACUUCCUCCUAAUCAGCUCGUCAGUCUCGAUCCUCUUUGCUUUGACAUAUGGAGGUAACUUAUACCCCUGGCGCUCAUCGCAAAUCAUUGUACCCCUCGUCAUUGGAUUCACGGGCAUUGGCAUUUUCGUAGCAUUCGAGAAUACUAAGUGGGCUGGGGAGCCUGUCUGUCCGCCGCAUCUAUUCCGCAACCGCACCUCUGCUGUGGUUAUGAUCGUAACCUUCAUUGGCUCUGCCCUUCUGUACUGGGUCUAUUUUUUCAUGCCCAUCUAUUUCCAGGCCGUACGCGGCAGCUCCCCGUCCGUGGCCGGACUCCAGGUCUUGCCAUCUGUUAUCGUAUCUGUUCCUGCUUCGAUAGCUGCCGUGCUGUUACUUACACGCUUCGGGAGGUAUAAACCCAUUCAUCUUGCAGGCUUUACAGCUAUCACGCUGGGGCUAGGGCUAUUCAUCCUUCUAGAUCAAACAUCAUCUACAGCGGAGUGGGUGAUCUUUCAAAUUAUCAACUCGCUCGGCAAUGGCAUUAUCAUGAACUCUCUGCCUCCAGCCUGCCAGGCUGCCUCGCAGCGCACUGAGUCCGACCAGGCUGCUACUACGGCCGUGUGGUCAUCAGUGCGUUCUUUCGGCAACAUUUGGGGCGUCGUUGUGCCUGCCGCAAUCUUUAGCAACACCUUUGGUCAGCGCGCUGGACAAAUCGCCGAUCCAGUCACCAGGGAACUGAUCCUCAAACAGUUUCACUCGGGCAACGCGUAUGCAGAUGCCAACGCUGUAUUCCUCGCACGCCUCGAUGAAACCACAAGGAAUGAGGUUGUAGCUGUGUAUGAGGAUGCGCUGCGGUUUAUCUGGCAAAUUUCGUUAGCGCUGGCUGGGUUUUCGCUCGUCCUCGUUUUGCUGGAGAAGGAGAUUGUGUUGAAAACAGACUUGUAA